AUGGAAGACCCUGUCACUCUGCUCUCGAAGCUAACUGUGGAGGAGAAGGCCGACCUCUGCGGUGGUGCUGAUAUGUGGCAUACUCAUGCAGUGAACCGUCUCGGUGUGCCACAGCUUUAUUUAACAGAUGGUCCGAACGGACUGCGAUUGUUUUGGGCGGUAGAGAAGGACACUGUGGAUACUGCGUCUCUAUCGACAACAUGCUUCCCGACCGCUGUUUGUAUGGCGUCCACAUGGAACCGUGAACUAAUACAUAAUGUGGGUUCUGCUCUGGCAGAGGAGUGUCAGGCACAUGAUGUGGCCGUUCUGCUUGGACCUGGUACGAAUAUAAAGCGAUCUCCAUUGUGUGGUCGAAACUUCGAGUAUUACUCGGAGGAUCCAUUCCUCAGUUCUCGCAUUGCAGCAGCUCUCAUCGAGGGUGUUCAGAGCGGGGGUGUGGGAACGGCGAUAAAGCACUUUGCAGCAAACAACCAGGAGACCAACCGU